CUCCCCCGCCCGAGAAAAGACCGGGAGCGGCGCCCGCCGCGCACACUCCGGCUCCGCGGGGGGUGGAGACCAUGGCUGGGGCGGCGGCGUCCUGCCGCGGCUCCGCGGGAUAGCGCGGGACAGCGCCGCGCACCGCCCGCGGGCCCCCCGCGCCGGCAGGGGCUGGAGCGGCACGGCUUGUCUGACACUACCAAAACUGUAGACUGGCUGGUGCUUUCUCAUGGGAUCCCUGUGACUGACAAAGGAGAGAUUGUUGUGACAGCUCUGCAAUGACUACAGCAAGAUACAGGCCUACCUGGGACUUGGUACUUGACCCAUUAGUGUCCUGUAAGCUCUGCCUUGGUGAAUACCCUGUGGAGCAGAUGACGACAAUAGCACAAUGCCAAUGCAUCUUCUGUACCCUGUGCCUAAAACAGUAUGUGGAACUUCUGAUCAAAGAAGGUCUAGAAACAGCAAUCAGCUGCCCUGAUGCUGCCUGCCCAAAGCGAGGUCAUCUGCAAGAAAAUGAGAUUGAGUGCAUGGUUGCAUCAGAAAUUAUGCAAAGGUAUAAGAAGCUACAGUUUGAAAGAGAAGUGCUUUUGGAUCCAUGCCGGACUUGGUGUCCAUCCUCUACUUGCCAGGCAGUUUGCCAUCUCCAGGAAUCGAGCCCACAAGACCCUCAGCUGGUCCAGUGCAAAGCGUGUGACAUUGAGUUCUGCUCUGCUUGCAAGUCUAAUUGGCAUCCAGGUCAAGGCUGUCAAGAGAACAUGCCAAUCUCUUUUCUUCCAGGAGAAACAAGUUCAGUUUUCAAAAUGGAAGAUGAUGAUGCUCCAAUCAAACGCUGUCCAAAGUGUAAAGUUUACAUUGAACGAGAUGAAGGCUGUGCCCAAAUGAUGUGUAAGAAUUGCAAACAUGCCUUUUGCUGGUACUGUCUGGAAUCUCUUGAUGAUGAUUUUCUCCUUAUACAUUACGACAAAGGACCUUGCCGAAACAAGCUGGGGCACUCCAGGGCAUCUGUUAUCUGGCACAGGACACAGGUGGUAGGCAUUUUUGCAGGAUUUGGUCUUCUGCUUUUGGUGGCCUCCCCUUUCCUUCUACUUGCUACACCAUUUGUUCUGUGCUGCAAGUGCAAAUGUAACAAAGGAGAUGAUGACCCUCUACCUACCUAGACUGAGAGAAGAUUGGACUCAUCACAACAUGUAUCGAUUUUACUGUUGCUGUUAUGUUUCCCUCUUGCACUUACAUUGCUGUAGCAUUACUUGCCCCAUUCUGCUUCACAUUGACACAAUCUUGAUUCCAGGAACUGUUGUUACUACUGUUGUACAAAUCGCUGAAAACAGACAAGGAGGGAAAUAGAAGGCAAGUUUGGUGCUAAAGGGAGACCACAGACCUGGGUAGCUGUCUGAAAUUAAGAGGUGAUACUGCUGAAAACAAGGCAAAAAGUUGAUGCUGCCCUUCUGGUGGACUGGGAACUGUACUGAAUGACAUCAGUAAACCAACCUGAAAAAGCCUACAAACUUCUGCAUAUCUGUUUGCUUCCAAAUUUGGUAUCUUAUUCCUGCAUAUGUUUUAAGUUGGCUGUCAUUUAAAUCAGAUAGUCAAUUUCAUGUGACUGUAUUACCCAUCUGUUUUUGUUAAAGCCAUCACAAUGUUCUUUUUAGUACCUAUUUUUUCCAAGUAUAACAAAAUUAGAAAGGUGCAUAUAGGCCAUCCUAUGCCUUUUUUGAAAUCUGGGGAGGAUGGGAGGGACAAAGUUGGUCCUGCUGCCUUCCAUGAAUUUUAUAGUCUUGUAAGAAAUUUGUUUGAUUAAAAGCUACAUUUUAAAAUUAAUUGAUGAAGCUGUAAGGUUGAGUGGUGACACAAACCUGCUGUUUAAUCAAGUUUCUUUUAAAAAUGCAUUGAUGGUUUUGAUUACCCCUGGACCACUAGUGUUUUUCUGAAUUGUUAUUUUUGCUAUUGUUUAGGGUUCUGCUACACUUAUAGGGCUAUGUAACUUCUAAUCCAGGUAUCUUAAUCUUUUUAUAGAUAUAUAUAUAUAAAAUCCUAUUUAAACCAAAUGUGUAAAUAGCUGUGCUAUUGAAAUACUUUGGAAAUUCAGGAUAGCUUGCUUCUGUCCUUAGGAUAAUUAAUUAAAAAUACAGAACUAACUUUACUGUUUAGCAGACUCUUGGGUCUUUUCUUUUAAAUACAAAAAAUACAUCAUGGUUAUCCCUGUAGUUAAUAUGAAAAUGCCUGGGAUAUUUGUGGAAGUUGUGCUUUGCAUUUUAACUACUUAGCCCAUUUUUGGAGAUAAUAUUGUAUGAUAUGUGGUGUAUUGUGUUAACAACAAUACUGUGACAAAAUAAGUUAUUUGAAAACUAGUCACUUGAUAGUUUUGCAAAAACCAGUGGUGUGUUUUCAGGGUAGUAAAGUGUGCUAUUCAACAUACUACAUCAUUAAUGUUUCUCUUUAGUAAUAUCUUUUUGAAUACCAUUUUGCUCUGAUUUUAAAGCCAAGGAGAAUUUGACUAAUAACUUCUUUCUAUGAAAUAGGAAGCAUGUGAAACAAUGUCUAUGUCUGUAAUAUGAAGGAAAACAUUCUUUUGAAUGCUUGUGGACUGAAGUUUCACUGCAUUUUUUCUUCAUCACUUAUUUCUGUCAUCAGCAAUGUACUGAGGUGGAUGAAGGCAGGAUAACUGUACACUGAAAAUGUCUUAAGAUCCUUAAGCGCAUCUGCUUCUGGCUGCUGUCACAGUCUGGGAAUAUGUUUCCAUAGCUCAGCCAUUAAAAAAUUACUCUUUAGUGGCUUUUGUUUUACACUGUCUAUCUGUUUAAUAAAAAUAUUGUAGACCACAGUUUUGAAAAGGGCCAAUUUUUUAAAUAAAUCUCUUCUCCUCCCUUAUCUUCCAAGUUUAGUGCUAUCAAAUUUAGCUAAAUUUGAAUUGUGUCUAACCAGAUAUUUUAGCUCCAGGAGCUGGAGAUUAUCUGCAAUUCACUUACUUGGCUUGAAUUUAAUGAGUUGGACCUCUGUAAUGACAAUAAAAGGAUUGCUGUUUUCCAGCAAAUCUGAACUCAUGAGAUCUUCAGAUUGUUUAUGGCAAUGCACAGUUCAGAUCUUUAGAUAUCAGAGUAUCUUUAGUAUUGUAGCUAUCUUUGUUAUUAAAUAUUGCUUAGUUUUUCAGAAAUAUCCUUAGGGAGGUCUGGGUGCUGCAUUUAAUCCCUGUUUGCCAUCUCCCAGUGCUUCACACACUGCUGAGUUCAGUGAGCAGGGAAGUGCUUCUCUUCCCUCUGGCUCUGGCAUCAGCUCAGUCCAUCUCCUAGAGGGAUCCUGAGCCACGCCCCUGACUUGUCAUAGCAUCAUUGUCCAGAAUAAGUGGAAACCCUUCUGCAAAGGACAGCUUCCUGAAGGUUAGCUUGAACUAUAGCCUUUCCUCCUUGGCCCUGUGAUUCUGUUUAACUGGAGAAAAAUGCCUGGGACAAUAGGGUGUAAAGACUUCAUUGGUUAUUAAUUUUCUAGCUAGGGCAUUGAGUGGUUUUGCUGUAUUGUGGCUGUGACUGAUGACCAGUUCUCCUACUGAGGUCAUAGUAGAGGAGAGAUUCACUGACCUAUGAACAGUAUUGAAUGUCCUGAUCUGAGGAGGUUUAUUUUCUCUGUGCCUUUCUUAGAGAAUUUACGUCAAAAUGCAGCAAAACUUGACUUUUCCAAAAGUGCUGUGCAGCCAGUUAAUAAUCAAUGUCAUAAUUAAUGCAUUUCCAGAUUAAAAAGAAAGAGAAAUAAACUCUUUGCAAAUACAGAAAUUUUAAGAUGAUAAUUUAUAAUUGAUGCUCACAGGUAACAUUAUAUAUAAUCAGAAAACUGUGUCAGUAUAUGUCUGAUCUCAACAUACUUGAAUUGCUACUAAUGAUUUUUAUGACACAGCUCUUGUUUCACAUCCCAGCUGUUGGAAUAGACUAUGCUUACAUAUAUUUACCAAGUACCUACCCAGUCUUUUCAGGUUUGCUAAGUAUCAUUCCAUCUGUAUUCUCGGGGACUUUUUUUAUUGUUGUUGUUGUUGUUGUUGCCGUUAUUACUAUUAUUAUUAUUAUUAUUAUUAUUAUUAAUACGCAUUUGGUUCCAAAGUAGCAACUUUUUGGUGGUGAUGUAUUAAAGUUCAGGUGCUUUUAUGUUACAGCUUAUGUUGAUACUGUGACGUUUAAUACCCCAAAACUGAAUUGUAAAUAUGUAAUUUUAAACUCUGAUGUUUAAACCCCCUGACAUGAGAAAGGGAAUGUUGGUUUCUUCAUCUUUUCAAAUGAAAAUCUGCUACAACAGUAUGGCUUUUUGGAUUUGCUCCAGAAAAAUAAGUAUCACGGCAUGAUUUCUUCUGCAUUUUUAUGGUUAUGCUAUUAUUUAAGGGGUUUAUAUUCACACAGAAUCAUAGAAUAUUCUGAUUUGAAAGGAUCCACAAGGAUCAAGUCCAGCUCUUGAGUGAAGGGUCUGUUUGUAAAUGCUGUUUAAUGGAGUUUGUAACAAUACAUCAUCUGCGUGUUCUUCUGGUGUGUCACAUAGUGUCAUGUCUAGCAAGUGUGGAGUCCCAGCUGCAGGGGCUGUGCCUCUCCCUAGGCUUGCCAGUCCUGAGAGAGAUCAGGAGCACAGCCCACUUCAAUGGUGGUAGUGUUAGGUUUUCCCCUGUGACAUUGGACAAGUCACAUAUUGCCUCUUAUCUCAGUUUAACCAUCUUUUACGUGAAUGGACCAGUGUUUACCUCAGGAGGGCAGUGAGGACAAAUUUGUUGGUUUUGAGGCUCUUCAAAAGUUUGUGAUGAACAAUUAUAUAUAAGAGAUUACUGUAUUUUUAUGUUAAUAUUUCAGUUUUUACUCAUGUUGGCAUUCAUCCUGAAGCCUCUUACUACUGACUUUAGCAUGUCAAGAAUUUAGGAUACUUUCCCCUACAUACUAAAAAAACAUGAUCUUUCCUUAUAUACUCUGGUGCUUAAAUUAAGUAAAAUCCCAAAUAACAGCAGACUGGAUCACCUCUCAGUUUACAGAUGAGCUCCUGACAUGCAGAAAACAGUCAGAAUAGAUCUCAUUUAUGGAGCUGGCAGGAUAAAAUAUCCAUAGGUCAGAAAAAUUAUAAGCGUUUUUUAAAAAAGUUGUUAUGGACAGGAAGAUUAGAAUGAAGUUCUGUGCAUUUCAUCUGUAGGCCUUUUACUGUAUAGGAAUAAAUAUUUUUUAUUCAAGCCAUUAUCAUUCCAGUGAGGUGCAGCAUGCAUAAACCUUUGUACAGGUUUGCUUUGUUGAAACCAAAGUUUGUAUAUUUCAUGUACAUAAUCUAAGAGCCUGAGGGAAAUGAGUAAAUUAUGGUUGUUGAUGACAGUGAUACUAAGGACAUCAAAAAAGCCUGCAUCAGCCUUUAAUUGCUAAUGCACUUGUACUAAGUAAGGCAUGUUGUUUGUGUUUAGAGCCCUGUGGUCUUCAUUAUUGCUUUGAUUUGUGUAUAUCUUAUAAGAAUUCCAGGAACACUAGGUACAGGUACAUGGUACAUAACUGAAUCUUUCUUCAUCAUUUUAUUAUUAUGUAUUUCAAACUUGUAUAGGGAUAAGCAUGAAGAAGUCAUGCAUAUGUAUAAAUAAUGUAUUUGACCAGUGUAAAAAUAGUUCUGUUGAUGUAUUUGAAAUGUAAGUGCAUUUUGUGCCACUAACACUGUGAUGUAUAAAGGAGCUGUUGAAUGCCUUUUAAUGUGGUGUUUUGUACUCUGAAUCAUAUUGGAGAAUUUAAUUUGUAAUUUCAAUAGAUAUUUUAAAUUAAUGUGUUUCCUGUGAUUCUUCAUAGUGACUUUUCCCUGUGCUUCUCUGCCUCUCAGUCCUUUGAAGAAAGCACAGCCUGCAGCCUGGAGACUUCCUGCCACAAUUCUGGACACAAUUGGUUCCUGACUCACCAUCUCCCAGCUUUGCUUAAAGAGGGACUCUGGAUAUCUCUAGAACUAAUUUGAUGCACAGCUGCAUCCUUGGUCCAGCUCCUGUUGCAGUCUGUGAUGGAUGCUCUAGGCCAGUGAACGUGAUGCCCCAAGGAUCACUCCGAAGUGUGUGUAUGCUCUUGCACCAUGGGUUUAGGUCUGGCACAGGUGGCCUGCAAGCAGCUUGCAGGUGUCCUGCAAGCACCAACCCCUCAGGUUGGUGUGGAAGAGAACCUUAAAAGCAAAGCCUAAUCUCCUGAGUACAUAUAAUUACUAAUGUACUAAUAACUGAGUACAUAUAGCUCUCUGCAGAGUGCUCUGCAUUAUCAUUACAGUGGUAAUGAGUUCUCAUGUUCUUGACUCCAUCAACAAGCACUUUGCAUUUUGCCUAAACUGCAACUGAGAACGUAGACUUCCCUUUAAUUUCCACAGUUUAUUUCUCACUUAUUAGAAUACAAUUUGUCUAGACCCAUAAAAAAAAGACACAGGCACAAUUCCUUCCAGAAAAUGGUGUGCAUAAAGAAUAUGCAUCUCUGUGCUCUCUACCUGACAACUUUAGAAAAGGCCAUAUAAUAGCUCCUACUAACUCAUCUUUUAUUUUCAUGGAGCAUAAUGAUUUUUCUCCAUAAGGAUAUGAGCAAGUUAGAUAUUUUGUUCAAUAAUUGGGCAGAAAAUAAUCUCUAAAAGUCACAAGAGGUUUUGACCCCUUCUAGGACUAUGUAGUGUUAACAAAUGAUCUUUCUGCUUGCUUCUGCUACUCCUACAUUGUGUUGCUUCCAAUUAAGCAUGUUAAGGAUGUUUGCAGUUCUGUCUUGGAGAGUAGGAUUAUUUUUCAGUCAUGUGCAGUAACCAUGUAGUUAAGUGAUCUUUAGCUUCUGGGCAGUCUUUCUGUUUCUCUACCAGGUUCAGCUUCCCUUGCUAUAGAAAGAUUUUCUAACCUGCGCCUUUCAACUGACUGGGUUUCUGCACAAGUCUGUCAUCAGAAAAUCAAACACUGCAGAAAUUAAGUGGACUAAUAGUCAUCUGUCUAAAAUUAGAAGAUUUAAGUUGGAUUCUUAAGUGGCAAACUUAUGACCCAUGUAUGUUCUAGUAAACAGUGUCCAGGAUCAUUCUUCUGCAAGAGCUGAAUCACAUCCGUAGUAGUAAGUUCUGUUAGGAGGGACCACAGCCCCAGAAUGACUCCUGAAGUGUACCUGGGCAUUGGAUGGAAGAGUUAUGCUUAAAAUCAUGCCAGUAACUGUCCUGCAAGAACAGAAAGAUUGAGACAAAAGAAUUGCAGAGCACAAAACCAUUGUGCUAGUUCUAACAUUCUGCUAGUUACAGUGGCACUAAUGGAAUUGGUAUGGUGUACACAUGUAUGGGGGAUAGUGAUAGAAAUUGCUAUUACUAACUUGUGAGCGUAGUGCAUCCACAGCAUCCACAGCGCACCUUUUUUUUUUUUUUUUUUUUUUAAAUUGAAGAUUAGCUAGGAAGUUCCUUAUAAGACAUUUUGUGCUGUGGGUACUUGACCUGUCAGCACUGCAUCUAUACCACAAGUUAUUUUAUGCCGCAUGUAUUGAAACAAAUAACACUUUCAUUGAUUUUGAGAAUAACAGGUAAGGCUAUUGUGUACAAGGAGGCCUUUGCUACCCAGAUUCUGUGCUCUGGGAACCAAGAUUCAGCCUAGUAGUAUCUGACAUAUAUGUGUCUGGCCUCAGCUGGUGGUAGUUGAUGCAAAGACAUCUCCAUUCCCAUCCUAUGCUGCUUUUACUAAGGUUGUUGUCUAGACAAAUUAGCGUUAUUAGCCUCUCAAGCUGCUUCUCAGGUGUGUUUUUUUUUUUUUUUUCCCCGUAUGCUUUGAUGACCGAAGUCUAAACUGUCCUUGUCCAGGCAUAUAACUUUUAUGUGGCUAAAACUGAGGACAGCAAUCAUAGAGUGCCUUAUCACAAGGACUGCUUUCAGAUACCAGGGCAGAGCUUGGUGGUGCAAAUAAGAGCCAGGUUACUCUGUGUUUCCAGAUGACUCUGUGUGUGAUGACUGUAACUUAACACAUGUGCCACAUAUACAAAAUGUUAAAGUGCUGUAAAUCAUACAAAUCAACUCACAUAAGCAAGUAAUGGAAACACACUUAAAAGACUAUAGAGUCCUGUUCUUUUGUGGUGUGUGACUGAGAGAACAAUGUCAAGUUGUGUGUGCUACCUGUGAAAUUAUUCCUAUGUUCCAUGUUUUUUGUUUUUUUUUGUUUGGGUUUUAAAGCCAAAAAUGAAGUCAACACUGUAAACCAAAUAAAGAGUAAUUUACUCCUCUGGGAAUAAAUUGUAGGUGUCUUAACUCAGUGCAGUAUUCUAAAAUCUUGAUCUAUAUAUAUAUGUGUCUAGCUGAUGUGUACUUUAUAUACCGUAUCCUCUUAAAUGCCAAGUAUGUCUUCUAGUCUGUGUACUCAUAUAUGACUACAGGAAGAACAAAUUUUAUUGCAUAAU